CUUAAAAGAACGGGAUAUAGACAAUCGCGAAGCGAGAACAAGUAAACUUAAACUAUGAAAAUAAAGAUUUUGACUUUAAAUUGCUGGGGAGUCCCAGUACCAUUUGUUUGUAAGAAUAGGAAAGAGAGGUUUGUGGCUAUAGGAGAGGAGGUGGGAAGAUCAUCAUAUGACAUAGUAGCUUUUCAAGAGGUAUGGCACAAAGGUGACUUUGAGAUACUGAAAAGAAAUAUAGGAAACACUUUACCAUAUAGUCAUUAUUUCUACAGCGGAAGUAUAGGCAGUGGUUUGUGCCUGUUCUCGAAGCAUCCUAUCCAGGAAACAUUAUACCACAGGUUCGAUCCUAACGGUUACUGUCAUAAGAUACAGCAUGGUGACUGGUUCGGUGGAAAGGGUCUCGGAUUGGCCAAGAUAAACAUUUCCGGGACCAUUGUACAUUUGUAUGUUACACAUAUUCAUGCAGAAUAUAACAGAGAGAAUGAUGAGUAUCUGGCUCACAGAGUUUGUCAAUCGUUCAGUACUAGCCAGUUUAUUAACUAUACAUGUAACAUGGCAGAUGUGUCCUUACUUUGUGGAGACUUGAACUUUGAACCUGUUGAUUUAGGAUAUAAUAUGAUUUGUUGUAACGGAAGUCUGAAGGAUGCAUGGUUAGAAAAGCAAAGUACGAGGACAGAAGAUAAGGAAGGUAACACAUGUGACUGUCCAGGUAACAGUUACUGUGGAGACAAAUCUGCCAACAGCAAGAGGAUAGACUAUAUUCUGUACAAGGAAGGAGAAGGUGUAAGUGUGGUAGUCGAGGACUGUUCGUUGGCAAUGGGUAAAGUUCCAGGAAAACCUUUCAGCUACUCUGAUCAUGAAGGUGUUGAAGCAACAUUAUCUGUAGAGAAAAAAGAUAAAAAAGUUCCCAUAGAACAACCAGAUAAAGAAACCCUGUCCGGAAUACUACAGAAAUCCAUUAACAUCAUUGAUUCCGGUCUUCAAACGACGAGAACAAACCGACGGUUCUUCAUCGCCUUCACCAUACUAUGCCUGGCUCUAGCCUACGUCAUAUCUGUGAUACAUAUUCCAUAUCCCGUAGAUUAUUUUGUUACAUUCUUCAAAUUAGUAUUAAUUCUGUUGAUGGGGUUUGGUAUUUCACAGUUUCUGAUUAUGAUAAGAUCAGAGGUGCAUGGCUUAGAGGCCGGUAGACUGGACAUGAAAAACUUGUUACAAAAUUUAAAAUAAUACAAGAUUAUAUCAUAGGCAAAUUAUUUGAUAAAAUGUGAUCUUGUUGAAGGGAAGUAAUAAAGUUUUUUAACCUUCAGAGCCUGGUUACUUCUUUAAAACAUUCAUAAAUCUUAAUCUAAUUUAGUAUAGAAGCAAAAUAAUAAGUUUUAAACCUCAUUACUUAUUGGAAACAUUCAAUAAUCUUUUACUAACUUAGUUCAAGUAUUUAGUGUGAUUUACUAGAUAAGAUACAUACAUGUAUGUACCUGUGGGUCAUAAAACCUGACUCGAACUCGCUAAGCUAAGGUACUCGGUAAUUAGAAAAUUCAGUCUUCAUUAUUGUAUAAACAGUGAUGUGUUAUAUUAUUUCUUUUUCCUGGUAGAUUUGAAAAUGAUAUUCAUAUACACAUAUAAACAAAAUAUUAGUGAAAAAGCUUUUAUUAGAUAAUAAAUAUUAUUAUUAAAAUUGCUAUGUACUUAUAAAAUUUAUAUAAACUCUGUUACAACUUUACUGUUUAUAUGUAUUUUACGUAAUAUAAUAAUGUAAAUAAAUGUAAGUCAGCUGUUUUGCUAUUGUUCACUUAAUUAAAGCUGGUCAAUCUUAUUUUAGGUAUGUACUGUUAUUUUGAUAGGUAUGUUUUUUGUUUGUUUAUUUGUUUCUAAACUGUUGCAUAUUUAUGUCUUUAGAAAGAUUUAAUGUUUUUUGUUGUUCUUUUAACAUUAUUUAACAUUACACCAUGUGAUUCAAAUAGACAUAUAAUUAUGGCAAUAUUUUCAAACUAUCCUUUUGAAAAGUAAGAAAAAUUAUUUUAAUAUAUAGAGACAGCGUUCAAGGUUCUCAUAUAUUGUAUAAUACAUAAAUGAUAGAAUAAGAGGAGUUUUAUGUGUAUAUUAUGUGUGACAAAUAAAAAAAACCCAACAUUUACAACUUUAUAAAUUCUGGAUGAUAAACAAUUAGUAAUUAAGUUAACUGACAAUUAACUGUUAUUAGUGUUAAAACAUAGAAGGUUUGGGCGUGAUGGAUAUUUGU